AUGAGCUUCGAAGAGGAGCUUGAUUCCAGCGUUUACUACGCUGCGUUGAGUCUGAACUCCACCACGCUGUAUACGUACGAUAACGUGAACUUCACCAGCAAGCUGAAUGUCAACUACUCGGAGCUGGUUUCGAAAAAUCUGGGGGUCAUCAACUCUAUCCAGGAAACAAGGAUAAACAGUCUCAAGUUGAGUAGCAAUGUGAUAUUGAACGUCGCAAACUCGCACAGCGCAUCGCCGCGCCAUGUGUUCACUAACCUGAUGCUAUAUUACCACAAGAAGCUGAUGAAAAACAACAACCUCAUAACCAUCAUAGUGCUGUGUAACGACCGGAUGCUGGAUCGGUUCGUUUACAACCUGAUGGAGAAGAUCAUGGACGAGUAUUUGGACCGGUUCUACCAAACCGAGAACGGCGGACUGAAUUUCGAGUUCAAAAACCGACUUCGAGAUAUAAUUGUGGACCACGAACUCAAACUACGUCAGCUCACCUCCAAAUACGGAGCCACUACAACAGACGAUCUGGACGAGAUCAGAGACCUCAUGACCGAAAACAUCGAUAAGGUGCUCAACCGAGGAGAAAACCUCAACGCUCUCAUUAACAAAACAAGUCAGCUCAACUCGUCAGCCAACUCGUUCCGCAGAAGAACCGUUCUUGUCAAGCGCAAACUCUGGUGGUCCAACAUCAAGUUUCUUGUGCUGAUCGGAUCCACCGUCAUUUUCAUCAUAUAUCUAUUCAUAGGCCUGGAGUGUGGCCUGCCAUUUUACACAAGAUGUCUGCAUCCGUCGAAACCGUCCCAACCUCAUCAGAACGAAUAUUAA